GCUAUAAAACGCGCACGCGCAGAUGGUCAGCAUCUCACUGCACCAUGGAACUCAAGUGGAUCGUGCUGGCUGCCCUCGUGCUCAUCAUGGUGUACCAGGUGGAAGCAGACUUUUACUUCAACCACAUCUGGCCGAAGGAAGACGAACUUGAGGAAAAUGACCUUAAAUGCGUUCCUGGUCGUACCAUCAUCAAGCUCAUUGAAAAACCGGCUGAACCUGUGGAAGUAAACUCGUCAGACGACGAAGAUGAAGAUUUCGGCAACGCUUUGCGGUCUCAUAUGAACACCAAGAUCAAAGAAGAUUACUGUAAAGUGUGUGUCUGCUCAGUGGAAGGGAAGGAUGAGUACUGCAGCGGAAGACCAGCGAUGAAUGUCAAUGAGUGCCUCAGGAUGAGCACAUUGAUGGAGCAGUUUCAUAACAACGUGCCUUUCGACCACAAAAGGACUUUGGCGUACAGAAUUAGGAGAGUGGGCAGCGACACCAGUUACGACGAGUCAACUUCGUGUGUUCCUUUUAUAUCAGAAUACACUGACUGUACUUCAGAGAACCGAUGCAAAGGCUGUGUCAAAUGCUUGUGCCUGGCUGACGCCACAUGGUCCUGUACCGACGUCCAGGAGUGCCCCGAGAAAGAAUCCGAGUACCAGCUCGAGGACUCUAGCAUAGAUGACGUGCUGAACGAGAUCCAAUACAGAAUGAGUAAUAAUUACAAUCCGAAUAACAUUUAUAAUCCGGGAGCAGCCAAAGGUAACUCCAAGACAACCUUCGUGCCUCGUCCUCCAGAAAAGGAUAGCGAUCUUCUUUUAGGUUAUAUCAUUGCCGUUCCUAAAUAAACCACGAUGCACGCAUUUUCUAUAAAAUACAGCACAUUUUGCACAAAA